AUGCGUUCUUUAAGGCCCUGCUCGGUAGCGGCUGUUUCAAUUCUCUGCUGGAUCACUCUGUUUGCUAGCACAGACACCACCCAAGAUGGCGAGGCUAUCUUUUGUGGCAACGAAGAAUGCACACAGCUCACCCGCACCGCGCGGUUAAUAAAAGGCGUCAACUUCGAGAACACAUUUCUCCCUGAAGGUACCACUGUUGACAUUCUCGGUGAGCAGGCUCUGCAUCCGAACCUUCUACUUGCCCGCCACGCUGAUCAAAUAUUCUACGUAGACAGUAGUCUAGUGCACCAAGACAAAUUUAUUGUGUCUACCUUUAUCAAGACAGUGAUGCCUAAGACGUCCUCGCAACCAAAAUCUCCGGAGUCAUCUGCUGAAGGCAAGGCGGCUCCCUCUCUUGCCGAACACGCCAAUUCUGAGGGAGAAGCAUCGAACCAGCAAUUGAAAACAGAGGAUGUCCCGCCGUCCUCACCCCCACCUGCACAGACUGAAGCGCCUGAAAAAGCGGAGAACACCAUGCAGGCGUCUGCUUCCACGCCAACGUCUACUAAGGCAGCUCAGGAGCCGUCACCUGCCAGUAAAGAGCUGCAGGAGAAAGUUAAACUGCUGGAGAAAGAUGCCGUCGUUACAGGAGAAAAGCAUGUUGAGUCUGUCCCAACAGAGCCGGUCUCAGCUGGUUCUGUUGUUGCCAACGGGUCUGUGUCUAAUCACCCUGAACCGGUCAAUCACGUGCCAGUUGAGAAUGCUACUAAAGUCGGACAGUCACAGUCUGCAGAAAAAACUGACCAACCAUCACCGCCUUCGGAAGCUCAAUCCUCUGUGAAAAAGACACCUUCUACCAAACAAAAUGAGCCACCGCAUGAAGGCACACUUGCUGGUUCUUCCGUUGAAAAGCAAGGCGCAGAAACUUUGACCUCCGAGCAUGCUCCCGGGUCAACAGUUUCAGGUACUCCCGAGCCAUCGCCUGAGUCGAGUAACCUUGAAAUAUCCGACCAGAAACCGAAAGAGGAGGCCACUUCUGCUGAACCAAGCGAAAAGCCACAAUCUUCAGAUUCGGAGCCGCGGCUGUCACCACCAUCACCACCACCGCCCACCAGUCAAGCUCCGUCUGCUGAUGAUUCCAAGCCAGUGGAAGAGCCGAUUGCUACUAAUUUUUCGGAAGCUCCUACUGGUGGUGGCCACGAAAAAGACCAAGUAGAGCCUGGCCCUUCCCCGUCGUCUGAAUCUACCGAGUCUAAAUCGUCCGACAGGUUGCCUAUUGAAAACAACGAUCCAGCUAGUCCACACAUUUCAGAAGCAAACGAAAGCCACUCUUCCUCUGUAUCUGGUCAGGGAAACUCGUCACCCCAUACUCCUGCUCCCACAGGGAGUUCACCCAGUUACGAAGACCUGCAAAAUGUCAAGGUGCUUACUACUAAUGAACCAUUACUCGAUAAACCAACCAACAUCGAAAGUGGGCACACGCAAGGUGCCACCGCUGACAAAGGUUCUCCUUCUCCCCAGUCUCUAGAUUCUCCUGACUCUCCGCAUCUGCCUGAGGAUCUGGUAGAGCCAUCGGAAAAUAGUUCGCGACGACUAAUAUACUCUGGUUUUAUUCAGUGCCUGCUCCAGUCUGCUAACCGCAGUCUUCCCACAAACCUUGUGACCUCUAAAUCUGCUCUUUCGAGUUUUACCCUCUUCCUUUCGGAUAAUUUCAUUACCUUGGCUGAGAAGGCGCUCACUUUUAUUUCCCCAAAUCAUGUCAAAAUGGCUGACAACUUCCUUUACACGAUUCUUGGCGUACCUCUAAGUUUUCUGGUCGCCUGGUGGUUUUUCCUCUUCUCCGCCUUUGUCACCUACGUCCUCAUUCGUGUUGUAUCACGUGUCCUGAUUGGUUCCAGUGGUGUCGGUGAUGUGAAACAGCGUUCGUUGGUCGAUUGGCUAGCUAUCGAGGAGCACGCCAAUCAGCUGGCAGCUCGUCUGGCUGACCAGGAGGAGGCGAAUGCUCGUCUUACCAUCUGGACAAUGGAGUUGAGUGCACGUUCCCGCUUGAACACUCAUCGGGAGAGGAUUGAUGAAAUGGAAACGGCGAUGAAGAACCUGACAGCCUCUAGUCAGAAGUUGGAGGAGGAACUGGUAACACGGGAUAGAGAACUGGCUGGUCUCCGUGACAUGUUCAUUCAGCUUAAGAGUUUCGAACUAAGCCUUUCGCAAACGAAUGCGGACGCGGCCUCGCCUGGUGUUGCUGCUUCACGGAAUGCCUCAAAAGAGGACGGAGCCAGACCAAUGUUGGCUACCUCCAGUGGUAGUUCGGACCAAGAUGCUGCUGACGGUAGCGAUUGGGGCGCCGAGGUGGACGAAUUGGCCAAUGAGGUUGACAUUGAUAAUCAGCUUGCCGUUCCCGAGCGAACAAACAGUCAAGAAAGUGGGGAGCAUGAAACUCGGGAGGGCCAGAGCGAACAAUUACAGCAGGUUUUGGCCAACUUUCUUGAUGUUGGCAAAUUGAGAGCAGACCUGUCUGCUAUGGGCGAUCAACUGAAAGCAGAAAUGGAUCGGUGCAAACAGGAGACUGAGUUGCGCAGCCAACUGCAAGAAAAGUUGGCUGCUCUGGAGGAGUCGAAUGUCACCCUUCAGCAAAAGUGUAGCCAGGCGGAAGACGACAGGUCGGCGGCUCAGAAAAAGUUGGAAAUCCUGUCAGAUUACUUUAAGGAGCGUGAAGUGGUGAUGCAGCGUGAUUUAGGUCGUCAAGCCCUCUCAGAGUCCGAGACUAACGAUGAGCUGAAUUACCUUCGUCAGCGAGCCAAAUCCCUCGAUGUGGAGGUGAAGGCUCUGCGUGAACAGGUCACCUCUGCACGCCAUGAGUUGGUAGAAAAUGAGCGAGCCAGCCGUCGUCAGAUUACGCAACUUGACAAGCGUCUACACGAAAACUGGCUGGCCGCUAGGGCCUCAGAGAACCUGGUGAAAGAACUACGUGAUGAGAACACUGCCCUGCGCCAAAAGAUCGGAGAUGGCGAAAAACGGACGCUACAGCAACUGAUUUCGCGAGGACCGCCGAUGGCGAUGCCUCUUUUGCAGCCACCUCUUGUUCCGCCUGGUGGCGCCAAAAAGCCGGAUAGCCGACCCUCUUCGCGUCAAUUUGCAAACAGUACUCCUCAAAUGCCUUUGAAGCAAACAGCAGGGUCCCGAAGUACGCCACCCUUCCUUCCACCCCCGCCCUCACUGCCUGGAAUGCCACCCUUCGCAGCAGGAGCCCCAGGGGUUCCCUUCAUGCCUCCGCCGCCCCCUCCACCACCACCCGGCUUAAUUCCCCCUAAGGGUGGCCUUCCGCUUUUGCCCACAGUGCAGCGUGCUUUCUCCAAUAGAAAUAGCCCACUGCCUCCCGGAUGGGAAGCCAUGCAUGUCCCUUCACCGCCGCCAGCUGCUCCACAUUCGAACUCCGGCAGCAGCCGUUCUGCCAAACGGUGA